CCAGGCCUCUUCGUCAGGGUGGACGUGGAGCACAGGGCGCUGGGUGACCCGAGCAAGAUCGUGAAGGGCCAGGUGAAGGAGCUGGGGGGCGACCAGCCCCUGGGCAAGCUCACCAAGAAACAGGUGGAGAAGGGGGAGGCGGUGCUGGACAAGAUCGACGCGCUGCUCCAGGCUGGGGAGGACCCGGGCUCCGCGCAGCUGAUGGCCGUCUCGGCGGAGUACUACACCCUCAUACCGCACGACUUCGGGACCAAGCUGCCUCCGCCCAUCAACACCGCCGAGCUCUUCGGCACGGAGAAGGCGCUGGUGCAGUUCUACUUGCGCAUGGGUUUCGAAGAGUUGGGCGGCGAGGAGGACCUCAUACCGAUCGAUGGCGUCAUGAAGCUGCCAGUGCCCAAGACGCUCGGCGACGCCGCGAAGAACGUGUGCAAGCCGAGCGACAUCAAGAGCUGCAACACCAAGGGCAAUGCCCUUCACAAGAAGAAGGCUGGCAGCCCAGAGAAGCCGGUAGGCCCAGAGAUGUACGGGUCGAUCCUCCUCUACACCUCGAACGCCAUCUACAAGGAGCUGAACAAGGCUCUGCGCGACGAGAAGCGUGAGCUGGUGCUGAAAUACUACCCAUACCUGCGCCUGCUGUUCGAGGCCUGCGACCGGUUCCCGCAGAGGAAGAAGACCCUGUGGCGCGGCGUCGGCGUGGACCUCUUCCCCCAGUACAAGGUGGGUUCCACGAUCAUCUGGUGGGGAGUCUCCAGCUGCACCUCGGACGAGAGCGUCGCCAGGAAUUUUAUGGCUGGAUGCGGCGACGGUGCCACUCUGCUUACUGUGGAGACGGAGACCGCAACCGACAUUGCAGAGCUGAGCUUCUUCGCCAACGAGGCCGAGAGCAUCUUGCUCCCGGGCACGAAGCUGGAGGUGCUCAGCGCCCAGCGCAAGGGCGGGAAGUCCGAGAUCAAGUUGAAGGAGGUCGGUCGCGUGGUCAGCUGAUCUGACGUGGCAGCCCGCGCCGCGUCCACGAGCGGCAAGGCGCAGGGCGAUGAAGCACGCGGCUCUGGUAGCUGUCGCGCGCUCGCGCCUUCCACAUGGCGCUCUAGCGGGCUUCUGCAUGCCAAGCGGAGCCUACGCUUGCCGCACUCCUGCGCCGCAGGCUGGCCUGUGAAAUUUCCAAGCCAGCUGGCGCACAUCACUUGUUGUGUUUGCCUGUAGUUGCGGAGCUAGAGCUAUUUGAACCCUCUUACUGGCUUGCUUUAGACUGUCUCAGCUGACAGUGUUCCUCUACGCCAGUAAGUUUUUCCAUCCGCGAGUGGUUACGCGAACCUUCAAGCCGUAUUGCUAGGACGGGUCAUGUGUGCAACAUAUAUGCACCCGAAUUGUAUUAUUUCCCGGCCCUGCACAGACGAAUCGGUGCGCGCGUAAUUUCGAAGAGCGUGCCCUAUCUUCGUUCUAGUCUCAUGUUCGUUUCAGUCCGCUGCCGUUAGCUUUCUUGCCUGCACGUCGUAUGCCAUUGUUUGAGCAGGGAGUGACAUGCCGCGACUGGGAAUGACUCAUCCUGAUUCGCGCUGUUUGGCUGUACUUGCUUGCCUGGCUCCGCUCUGAGCCUGUGCUCAGAACGGCACCUCGGGAGAGCCAGCGGCAACCGCUUCGUCUGGGGGGGGGUGCUCCGCCCGCAGCUCGGGCUUCUCGAGCCCACCGCCGACGAUCCUGAUGCUGCGCGGAUCUGGGCUGUGUG